AUGCUCGCCCGACAGCGGGCCAAAGAGGAGGCAGAGGCGAACGGCAGACAGGCACCCAAAGGCGGAUGGUUCCCUCUCGGCUACAAAGAUGGUUUCUCACAAUGGUGGGCCUCUCUCACUCCUGCUGUCACGGAGCAUCGUGUUAUGAGUUUCAUCCCGUACCUUCAGCAGCCACCCACCCACAUGCAGACUGGUAGCACGCCGACGAGUCCCAGUGCAAGCAUGGUCCAAGUCGACAAAAGUCAGGAAGCUGUGCAAAGGACGAGCAGUGUCAACGAUCCGUACGGACCUCGCCAGUGGAAAAGUCAAAUGGUACAGUUGGCAGGCAAGAAUCGAUACUUGAAUGAGUUCAGCGUCGAGCGGACAGGCGAGCAGACGGACAACAACCUCGUCAUGCUACAUGGCUAUGGUGCUGGUCUUGGCUUCUUCUACAAGAACUUUGAGCCAUUGUCGCGACUACCGCACUGGAAACUUUACGCUCUGGAUAUGCUGGGAAUGGGACGAAGUAGUCGACCGACGUUCAAGAUCAGCGCGAAAGAUCGAGAGGCGAAGACUCGAGAGGCCGAAGGUUGGUUCGUUGAUGCUUUAGAAGAGUGGCGAGUCAAGAAGGGCAUCGACAAAUUUACAUUGCUCGGGCACUCGCUGGGAGGAUAUAUGGCAGUGUGUUAUGCCCUCAAGUACCCUGGACAUCUCAACAAGCUCAUUCUCGCAUCGCCUGUCGGUAUUCCGGAAGAUCCCAACGCCGUCAGCGAAGCCCUGCCCGAACCCGGUGAUAGCACUUUGGCGAACGAAUUUACCCAGGAUGCGAGUAAGCAGAAGCAGCCCAGAAAGCCACUUCCAGGUUGGCUAGUGACUCUGUGGGACGCCAACGUCUCGCCCUUCUCUCUUGUGCGCUGGAGUGGACCAAUGGGACCUCGCUUGGUAUCUGGCUGGACGAGCAGACGCUUUUCACACCUGCCGGCUGAGGAAUGUCAAGCUCUUCACGACUACUCCUAUUCCUUGUUCAGACAGCGAGGUAGCGGAGAAUAUGCCCUUGCGUACGUUCUAGCCCCGGGAGCCUUUGCACGUUCACCGUUGAUCCGGCGGAUCCAUGGCGUUGGCCGCCAAUUUCUCGAGGCUCAUAGCGAACCUUCACCAGAUGAUGCCACUUUGACAGCCGCGGUCGCAAACAAAGCUCGAGAAAACGGCAUUCCGGUAGUGUUGAUGUAUGGAGAGAACGACUGGAUGGACGUCGGAGGUGGACAUGACUCCAAGAAGAGGAUCGAGGCCGCAAAGAAGAAAGCUUUGGAUCAAGCCAGCGAUCGCGAGAAGCAACUCGAGAACGGGGAUGUCAAGGUUACCGUUAUCCGAAAAGCAGGACAUCAUCUGUACCUGGAAGGCUACGAGCAAUUCAACGAGGAGAUAUUGGGCGAGCUAAAGGAUGUGGAGAGGCGGCAAAAGAGGCUGGGUGAAUUAUAG